UAUAAAGCUCCCUGAGAGUGAGGAGACCACUGUGAACUCCUUACAGCUGAAGUGCGCUGAGGAAAUCCCGUGAGAUAACACUGAACCAUGAGUGAGAGGCAAGGAUCUGGAGCAGCCGGUGGCAACAGCAAAACCUCUGGGGCACAAGAUGCGUCUAAGAAAGAUGUCCCCGAGGACAUUGACAUUGACAUGGACGCCCCUGAAACCGAGAAGGCAGCUGUCGCCAUUCAGUCGCAGUUCAGGAAGUUCCAGAAGAAGAAGAAUGAUGACAAGUCAUAGUUGCCAGUGGACUUCUCUGUCCAUAUGGCCCCAUCAGGACAGCAUUUGAUGUUGCAUGUAAUAGAAUCCAUUCUGUGUGGACUCAUGGGAGGGGGAAGGGAAAGCAAGGUCGUAAUCUGUCAAUCACUGAUCUGACCUUUAUUUUACUGCUGUAACUGUGAAUAUUAAUUUUGGUUCUAGCUUCAUUCUCCAUUCUAGACAAGAAUAUCUGUUAUACUACUGGUGCAUGGUUUUUUUCUUUACCUCAAAGUGCUGGAUUGCCGGCCUGUCCUUUAUUUGUGAAAGCACAAUAUAUUUUCAUUGUGAGCUGCUUAUGAAAUUGAUUUUAGUCAGAAACUGCGAGCAUUCCAUGUACAUAAAUAUAUAGUAGAACUUUUUUUUUUCCCACACCAUUAGUCCUCAGAUGAUAAAAUGCUUUAGCAUACAUUCUCAUCCCAGAGGAGUUCUAAAAAUAGCUUGUCUUUUGAAACCCAUAUUGUUGAAUAAUUCCCAGCUUAUCUUCCCAAAUCCUCACUGUGCGCUCGGUUCUCUUUAUUGAUUCAUGAUGUUGAAUUCAAUGCUGAAUGAAAUGACUUGAGAGCGAGUGUUUGAUUGUCUAGUUUGCUGUGGCAUAUCAUAACAUUUCUGUUGAUUUUCUUCCUUUGCAAAGGAUCAUGGCACAAACAGUAGCCAAAUCAAACAAUUUCUAUCUCAACUCAGUCUGAUUGAAACUAUUAAUAAACAUCCUUGAGUC